CCAUACGCAUCUAACCGGGAAUCAGUGCUCGAUUCUUACCGGUCGGUCAACGCAUCACCAUUUUUUAACCAGACGUCAUGUUAACCGUUAUACCUUCAUCGAGCUCAGGGCCAUUAUUGCUGAAUCGUUUCAUUUUUUUGCACUGUUUGCAUGUUGCCAGCUGUACCUUCACAGUGGAAAUUCUGACUCUGGGAUUUCGUGAACCUGUAAGUUACUCCUCAUUGGCGUAUUCGGCGCCGGCUAUGGACUCUGCUGUGGAAGAGAUUCAACGAAAAUAUGGCGAAAAAAUUAACUUUUUGCAUACAUACUUGUACUUGGAAAAUUCUGAUAACUCAUCUGUCUGUCGAAUGAUCGAAUCCAAUACAUCCUAUGCUUUAUCGAAAUGGUACUACACAAGAUCAAGCAUACCGGACUUGACGGCCUUUAUCGAACCAGGAUGUGAUGAAAGUAUGGAAGUUAAUCGGUUAGCAGCUUCCUGGAACAUCCUUUUGAUAACUAGCUCCUCAAGCUUUGUAGAUCAGCGCAAUAAAACAAUUGCUCCCACAUGGGUGGCUGCAGUCUCAACGUCUCCGACAAAUUACUUAUUACUUGCUUCAAACGUCUUCAAGUACUUUCACUGGAUGAAUCUAUUUGUCGUUCUGGAUCUUGAUGCCAGUCGGUCUUACCAAGUUGGAAUGGAAGGACUGGCAAAAUAUCUGCCGGAUCUAGUACCUGGGUGUCAGUUAACAAUUAGACGAAUACGCUCUACAAAGGUGGAAAAUGACACAGAAAUUUUAAAGGAAUUCAACACAACCAGCAGAGUGCUUUUCUUCUUCUCUCACUCUAACGUCUUGAGGAAAUUUAUGUUGCGAGCACAUUCCCUUAAUAUGACAAAUGGAGAAUAUGUUUACCUUACGCAAGCAUCCUUCCAUGACCUUGAUGAAUUCGGCAAUUUCAGCUGGCACUUUGGAGACCGAUUCGAUACCGCUGCCAAAGAAGCUUACCGAUCAUUAAUUUUUGUGGAAAAUGAUCCAGUUAUUUACAAUGUUCCGUCCGUAGCGUUGGUGGAGAAAUGGAAAGAGCAAUCUUGGAAAGAGUUUGGUUAUUUGUACAAACCGGACGAAGGGCUACAACCGGCAGUAACAUCUACCUAUUUGGCGGUUGUAAUAUUUGGUCAGGUUGUCAGUGACCUUUACGAAUCCGAGCCGGACUUCGACUGGAAGGAUGGCACAAUGCUUGCAGCACAGUUUCAAGAUUCGAAAUUUCAUUUCAAUUUCACCGAUGUCUAUAUUGACAUAGCCGGCGAACGCAGCACGAAAUGCAUGGUGAAUGACCUUAAUCCAGAAACAGGAUUAUGGCAGGUCGCAAUGUAUCAAGACGAAAGUUCUCGCACAUUACGUUCAGUAAAGCCCAUGGAUUGGGGUGGAAAGCGUAGCAGCGUUGACGUUCCUCCCAAUGAGCCGGUCUGCGGCUAUCGAGGCGAUCAUGGAUCGUGUGCCACCAGAACAGAUACACUUUCCCUGAGCCAGUUUUAUGGAUUGAUUCUGGGAGUACCGGUUUCAGGGCUACUUCUCAUCUUAAUUGCAUCAGCAUGUAUAAUUAGACAAGUACGCCGAGCAGCCGAGCUUCGGAGCACGUGGUGGUUGCUUGAUCGUCCGCAGCUGUAUUUUCGACAACCCCAACAGUCAGCGAUCUCCACUAUUCUGAUUACACCCAAUUCGACACGAAAAGUUCUGGACAAUACAGAUAUUAUGGUGAAUAAUACUCCGGCAAAAGGUCAUGCAAGAUACCAAGAAAUGGAUGUCUGGGCGGAUCGAAUUCCUGUCCCGAUGGAAGCGGCUAAAGUUUUUGACGAUGGAGAAACUUUAAGACAGCGCGAUAAGCAGCACUUAAUCAAAUAUCCUAAGGAAAUCAUAAAAAUAUUACGAGUGAUGAAAGAAGCGCCACAGGAGCAUAUAAAUAAAUUUAUUGGCAUGUGCGGCUAUCGGGAACAUCAAUCAUUAUAUUUCGUGAGCAACUUUUGCUCCAAAGGAUCUCUACACGACCUUUUUGAGCAGCCGUUUUUCGAAGAUCAGCUACGCAUCUCGUUCAUUCUGGACUUAAUAGAGGGUUUGCACUGGAUCCACUCAUCUCCUCUGGCGUUUCACGGCACUCUUACAGGAUGGAACUGCUUAAUUGACAGACAUUUCUCAUUAAAAAUAGCUAAGUUUGGCUAUUAUCACCUGCUAACGCACCAGCAUUACGGCAAGCUAAGUCCGGCAGUUCAAGAAUCUGACAUCUGGAGAAAAUUUUGGACAGCACCGGAAGUACUCAGGGGUGCAGCACCGUUGUCAAGCUUGACGGAUAUCUACUCACUUGGUAUAAUCCUCAAUGAGAUUUUAUGGAAUUCGUUACCAUAUGUGGAAUACAAUCGAUUGACGUCUUCCGAAAUUAUUUUUGCGAUUGAAAAUGGCGGUCAACAGCAAUACUUGAUGCGACCCAUGCUGUCCCAUGACGGCAAUCUAGCCGGUCGGCUGAAUCCGGUAAUCGAGCAGUGCUGGUCGGAAGAUCCAAAAAACCGCCGGGAUAUCAACUCGAUUCGCCAUGACACCUUGCGCGCUCUCGAUAUGAAAGGUCGUCAGAGAAAUCUUCUUGAUGAAAUCUGGGAUCGCCUGCAAGCGUAUGCGGAAACACUGGAAAACGAAGUUGCAGCACGCACACAGGCAAUAGUUGCCGAAAGGAGGAAAUGUGAUAAUCUCCUUCAAGAAAUGUUGCCAAAGUAUGUUGUGGAGCAACUACGUACCGGCUACAGCGUGCUUCCCGAAACAUUUGAUUCUACCACGAUACUCUUUACGAGUAUAUUUGGAUUCGACGGUUUUGCUGGGAAGGCGACACCUUCGGCUAUUACUGAUCUGUUGAACACUAUCUAUUCCUUAUUCGACAGGACUCUGCAUCGGUUUGAUGUGUACAAAGUGGAAACGAUUUUGGAGACAUACAUGGUUUCAAGUGGCGUUCCCGAGCGCAAUGAUGUCUUUCACACCAAAGAAAUUUGUUCGUUUGUUGUGUCGCUGCACAAUAAGUUCACAGACACUGCCGCAGCAAAAUCAACUGAACUACAACUGCGAAGUGGAGCCAACUCUGGGCCGUGUGUCGCUGCUGUGGUGGGCAACCAAAAGCCUCGAUAUUGCUUAUUUGGUGACACUGUUAACACGGCUUCGAGAAUGCAGAGCACAGGAGAACCUUCCAGAAUUCAGAUAAGCACCGCAUCGGCAGAUAUUCUGAGAGAAUAUUUUCCGAACCUCUUCGACAUCUACCCAAGGGGUUUUGUAAAGGUCAAAGGAAAAGGCAACGUCCUAACAUACUGGGUCGAAGGUUCCAGAGAAAGGCUGACUACGAUAUAAACCCAACUCGAGUUUGGGCAUGUACUGGACAUAUAAUAAUAUCAAUGUUUGGCUAUUACCAGUCGAAGGCGCUUCGAAACGAAGCUGUCAGAAGCAUUGUUUCGUCGUUGACGGCUUCUAUAUCUUCCCUCUAACAUUGUAAGCUCCACUGUCUGAGCAAGCACAUGUACGGAUAUCUUAGCUGCUGUUACUUUCAAAAGAAAUGUUAUAAUUAAGUAGUAUACUAGAAGUAUCUGUAAAUGCCGACACUCAGAAUGUAUUAAUUUUUCCUUUGAUAUGUUGAGAGCAAAUUACUAAUUUUGUACAGAUGUUCUAAUCGUUUAAAGCAAAA